CGAGCCGAGCUUCCAGUGCACAACAUCGCGAACCUCGCCGCGAAACUCGCUACUCAUCGGCAGCCGUACUCAAGUCAGCUGUAGGAAGGAUACUCGUUCGGGCCACAGCUUUUGUGAAGUCAUAGUUCAAAAAUGAUGAAAUUCAUCGCAGUGUUCGCCGCGCUGAUCGUCGUCACCUCGGCCCAGAUCCGCCCGCUCCCCCUUCCGCUGCGGAACCCGGGAGUCUACGGUGGUGGUGGUCCCGAGGCUAGCGCCGUCAUACUGAACCAGGUGUACGAACCGAACCCGGACGGGUCGUACAUCUACAGCUACGAGACGAGCAACGGGAUCCGGGCCGAGCAGCGCGGGUUCCUCAAGAAUCCCGGAACUCCUGGCGAGGCGCAGGUCAUGCAGGGAUCCUACUCCUACACCGGCCCGGACGGGGUCGUCUACACGAUUAGCUACAUUGCCGACGAAAACGGAUACCGUGCCGAGGGUGCGCACAUCCCUUCGGCCCCGCGGUACAACCCUCGCUAUCCGGGGCAGUUCCAGUAAGGUGAAGGCCCCCCUAGGUUAAGGCGACCCAGCGUGUCCAUCGCGGUUCGGUAGCGAAGUUUGAUAUUUAUUGGCUAAAAGAGCGCAUGGCAAAAGAUCAUCGCGAACGCGGGUCCCGGGUCGCUGCGUCCGCGCCACCGGUAUGAUGCUUCCAAAUCCAUUAUCCCCAUUACCGGUGGCCAGCCCUCACCUCACUGCAAUUGCAUUCCAUCGACUCAUCGGUCAAGCGGGGCGGUGCGUUAGACCAGACCGACUGGGGACCUAACGGCCGCCCGCCCCGGGGCCACGAUGGGCGGUGAUUUGUUUGAAUAUUUUUCCCCGUCCUUAGACGCUCUCUGACUCGCGCUCCGGCGCGGAAUAUUCGCACAUCCCAUUACGCCAGCCCAUGACACUUCGGCUGAUCAGCGUCACAUCGAAGACAUUUGAUUGCGAGCAGAAAAGUAGCCAGCGGCCGUCCCAGCAGUCGCUUUUGUACAGAAAACUUUAUCACCCGUCCUUCGGGCGAAGUGCGUCGUUCGCUCUUUCUCGUUCAUGCAUCAUUCGCCCUAGCUCAUGUAUUUGUAUAUUUUUUCUUUUUCUAUAUUUUGUAUUGAAAUUCAAAUAAACCAGCAAAAGCCUUCACAAAGUAGGCCACAC